AUGAGAAUGAUAACUAGAGACCAAGGUCCUUUGUCAGAACUGAUUCACGUACUCAGAAAUGAGAGUGAAGCUGCAAGAAUUGAACACAAAGAGAAAAGGAAGUUGCAAGACAAGAAGCAAUUGACAGAGAAACUAGAAUGUUUCCUAUGUUGGCCACUGUUAAGCCUUACUCAGGUAAUAAAAAUUCUUAGAGUCUCGGAAGAUUUAACCUUAACACAACUCAUUAUCAUAGUGGGUAGAAAUAUGACAGGAAGAGCUGAAACGUGGUAUCUUGAACUAAAGGAAAAUUAUAUGAAUAUUUCUCUAUAA